CCCAUAUAUUGACUACGCGGAGCUUCUCUCGGCCAUAGCCGAGUGAGAGUUCUUGACGCGCGUUUAUUCAACGGGCGAAUCUAUAUGUGAUUACGAUAUAUGUAAUCCCGAAUCAAUUUUCCGCGUACUCGGGAAAAAAAAAAAAUCAAAAAAAAAUCAUAACCACGUCGUAUAAAGGGAGUAGGAAAAGCGGAGAAAAAAGAAUCGCACGUUUUCAAUCUUUGCAGAAUUUUUUCAAUGAGAGAGGAUAAGAUUUCAUUACUCCUUUUCUUUUCAUUCGACUUUGUGCACGCAUCGAGUUUGAAAUAAGUUUUUCAUACGUAUAUUACAUCAUAUCGGAGUUGACGCAAAAAACUAAGUAACUCUCAGAAGGAUUAUGUGAUCUGGACGAUAGACUUUUUUGAUCCUGCACGUGUGCCUUAUUCGAAGUUUGAAUCGAGUGUUUGUAUCUCGGAGAACGAGAGCACCUGCUCGCAUAUUGAAUUAAGUUAUAUAAGUGCGUCGAAAGGAUCGCUUUUCGAAAGUGAGCGAGGGUCAAAUUUUGAGAAAAAAAAACGACAUUACAAUUAUAAAGUUUCGAUACAUCGUCAUGCCGAAUCCCCUACACUUUCUGCAAAACGUUCGGGCAUCUUCAAGGGGUGGAGAAAGUUCGCCGUAUAUCCAUAAUAACAACAACAAUCGAUCGGUAGAAACGACGGGAAACAAUCUCGUGAAUCUAGGCACCCCAGAUCCAGCGGGACCGGUCGUCAUCGAUGUAGGUCGUCAAGAAAGUACAUUUUCUAUUUGGGAGAAUUGGGUGAAACGUCGGAGUGUCGGAGAUAAUUCGAAAGAGGCUCAUAAUUACAUACGAAAAAACGGAGAAUUGCAGACAAUGUUACCCAAAUCGACUUACCGUUUGUCUCGCGGCAAACCGAAGGAACCGCCAGCUGAAAAAUUGGCCGAAGUCUGCCUUCUGAGCCACAGCCCCUACCGCAUACUAAGGGCUGCCGAAAGUGGAAAUCUCGAAGAAUUUACUCGCCUUUAUCAAGCUGAUCCUGCACGAUUGAACAUCCGCGAUGGACGAGGGAGGGCCGCGGUACAUCAAGCCGCGGCCAGAAACAAAGUCAACAUUUUACAAUUCAUUUACGCUAAUGGAGGAGAAAUGAACGUUCGCGACAGCGCCGGAAACACGCCACUCCACGUGGCCGUCGAGGGUGAAUGUGUCGAGGCGGUCGACUUCCUACUCCAAAGUAACGUAGACACUGGAAUUUUGAAUGAAAAGAAACAAGCACCGAUCCACAUGGCGACUGAAUUGAACAAGGUUGAAAUUCUAACGACGAUGAUGAAGUACCGUGAUAAAAUUGACGUUCAACAAGGUGGCGAACACGGAAGAACGGCCCUACAUCUAGCAGCCAUGUACGAUCACGACGAAUGUGCCAGAAUUUUAAUGAAAGAUCUGAAAGUGUGCCCUCGUAAGACUUGCAACAACGGUUACUACCCAAUUCACGAAGCUGCUAAAAAUGCCUCUUCGAGAACGAUGGAAGUAUUUCUUCAGUGGGGCGAAUCACAAGGUUGUCCACGAGAAUCGAUGAUUUGCCUUCACGACGCGGAAGGAAAUCUACCCCUGCACUCGGCAGUUCACGGUGGUGAUAUCAAAGCAGUCGAGCUGUGUCUGAAAUCAGGCGCGAAAAUAUCUACCCAGCAGCAAGAUUAUUCGACACCUGUUCACCUGGCUUGUGCCCAAGGUGCGAUCGAUAUAGUAAAGAUGAUGUUCGCCCUCCAACCGUCGGAGAAAUACGCUUGUUUGACAUCGUGUGACGUACAGAAAAUGACGCCACUUCAUUGUGCAGCGAUGUUCGAUCACCCUGAAAUAGCCGAGUACCUCAUACUCGAGGGAGCUGAUGUAAACGCUCUGGAUAAAGAGAAAAGAUCACCUUUACUAUUAGCGUCCGCAAGAGGAGGAUGGAGAACAGUUCACAGCCUUAUUCGUCUCGGAGCUGACAUACACGUGAAGGAUGUAAACCACAGAAAUGUAUUGCAUUUGAUUGUGAUGAACGGUGGAAGACUGGAGGAUUUCGCCCAGGAAGUUAGCAAGUCCAAGGUCAGUCUGCUCCAAUUAUUGAACGAAAAAGACGAAACUGGUUGUUCGCCUCUUCACUACGCCAGUCGAGAAGGUCACAUACGGAGCUUGGAGAAUUUGAUUAGACUGGGAGCUUGUAUCAAUUUGAAAAACAACAACAACGAAAGUCCGCUGCACUUCGCCGCGAGGUACGGUAGAUACAACACGGCGCGACAGCUUUUAGAUUCCGAAAAAGGAACGUUCAUAAUAAACGAAAGUGACGGUGAAGGUCUAACGCCAUUACACAUUGCGUCGCAACAAGGUCACACGCGACUUGUUCAACUUCUUUUAAACAGAGGGGCACUUUUGCACCGGGAUCACAACGGCAGAAAUCCUCUCCAUCUCGCAGCUAUGAGUGGAUACACGCAAACGAUAGAAUUACUCCACAGUGUCCACUCGCAACUUUUGGACCAAAUCGAUAAGGACGGUAACACGGCUUUGCAUAUGGCUACAAUGGAGAAUAAACCGAAUGCGAUAUCGCUGCUACUAUCAAUGGGGUGUAAACUGCUUUAUAAUUUCAUCGAUAUGAGUGCCAUCGACUAUGCUAUAUACUACAAAUUUCCAGAGGCAGCUCUGGCCAUGGUAACGCACGAGGAGAGGGCCCAAGAAAUAAUGUCGAUGAAGUCGGACAAACAUCCCUGCGUUACACUUGCUUUGAUAGCCUCGAUGCCACGCGUUUUUGAAGCGGUCCAGGACAAAUGCAUCACAAAAGCAGACUGCAAAAAGGAUUCAAAAUGUUUCUACAUCAAGUACUCUUUCGUCUGUCUGCAAUGUGCGUCACAGGAUGAAAAAAUUGGAGACGGUUUAACGGCUACCCGGCCUACUCCCCUUCCUGCACUCAAUGCGAUGGUGGUUCACGGACGAGUAGAAUUACUUGCUCAUCCGUUGAGUCAAAAAUAUCUUCAAAUGAAGUGGAAUUCUUAUGGGAAAUAUUUUCACCUAGCAAACUUAUUGUUAUACGCUAUAUUCCUCAUGUUAGUCACAUUGUUCUCAUCGUUAUUGAUGAACAUUAAUGGCGGUCAGGGGAAGCUAAUCGACAUGAACAACUUGAACGGAUCAACUAACAUAUCAAUGGCGGAAGAAAUCCGACGACGUCUGUUCGCAACUGCCGACGACUUCGAAAUCACUACAACGAUGUCAGUGAGCGCAAUCGCCAUAAUGAUAUACGUUGGUGUCUAUGUUCUAAGAGAAAUACUUCAGCUAUAUCAACAACGUUGGACUUAUCUAAUGGACCCGACGAACUUGGUGUCAUGGCUUCUUUACAUAUCCGCUAGCAUAAUGGUGGUGCCAAUUUUUAUCAAAAGACUAGACGAAAUACAAUUCUCAUGUGCAUCGAUCACGGUCUUUCUCAGCUGGUUCAAUUUACUUCUAUUACUACAAAGAUUCGAUCAAGUUGGCAUAUACGUGGUGAUGUUUCUAGAGAUCCUACAGACCUUGAUAAAAGUACUUUUGGUAUUUUCCAUACUUAUAAUCGCGUUCGGCCUGGCGUUUUAUAUUCUGUUGUCCAAGGGAAACCACAUCUCGUUCAGCAGCGUACCAAUGUCACUGAUGAGAACCUUUGCAAUGAUGCUCGGUGAAAUUGAUUUUCUUGGUACUUACGUGGAGCCUUAUUAUCACCGGGGUUCUGCCCGUGACGAAGACACGAAAGGACUUCCUUUUCCGCUACCAGCAUUUUUAAUCCUGAGUAUUUUCAUGGUUCUGAUGCCGAUCCUCCUCAUGAACCUCCUUAUCGGUUUGGCUGUUGGAGACAUUGAAUCCGUCAGACGAAAUGCUCAGCUGAAGAGACUCGCGAUGCAGGUUGUACUCCACACAGAAUUAGAAAGAAAACUACCUCAAAUGUUGUUGGAAAAGGUCGACAAGUUGGAGCUUAAAGUCUAUCCGAACGAGAUGAAAUGCAAACUCGGAAUUUUAGAUUUCGUGUUGAAGAAAUGGUUCUGCAAUCCAUUUAUGGACGACGACGGUGCUCCAAGAGCGGCGCCAGAAACUCAACCAGGAUCCCCACCAAACAACCGAAAUAAUGGUUUGGACAUGGUAUUAGAAAACAACGAAGAUUAUGUAACUCAGGAGCUUGAUAAGCAAAAAAGACGUUUGAAAGACAUGACUCAAACCUUGGAAAUUCAACAUCAACUUCUACGUCUAAUAGUACAGAAAAUGGAGAUAAAAACUGAAGCGGAUGACGUAGACGAGGGCGUAUCACCGGGUGAUUUAAGAGCACUUCCCGGUUUGAGUACCAAAUGGAAUUCACCUCGAAUAAAUAAAAAACUUCGUGCCGCUCUAAGUUUCAACAAAGGAUCGCAACAGCGGUAGUAAUAAAGUAAUGUAUAAUAUAAUGAAUUUUAAGCGCUGUAAAAUAUUUUUUUAUAACACAUUUACAAGAUAUAUAUAUAUAUUGUGAAACAGAUAUAUAAUAUAUCCACGUUUCGCACACUCUAAGGCCGAAUUAACUUUUCAUGAUGAUUUUACAGGUAGGUAGGUGAGAACUGUAACUGACUACUAUGAAUUUAAUGUCUCCAUAUGAGGCGAAUUGUCGAAAGAAAAAAAAAAAGAAAAAAAGAAAAAAAAACCGAAGUAUAUGUUCGAUGUGGUGCAUUAUAAUCGUUUCAGCUAGUCAAUAAAUUAAAUGGGUUUGCCAAGAAGCAGCUGCAGCUAAUCUCAAUAUUGUUGACGAUUAAUCAUUCGAAAAUAUAUCAGACCACGUUGGUAUUCAUCCAAUUAUUGAAUAAUGUGUGCAGCACGCGUUUCUAAUGAAUAAUGUGUCCGAGCCACUUGGGAAAUAUUCUUGGUUGGAAUAGAAAAAUAAUUACGAAUUUAAUAAUUGCAGCAAAUCGAUAAAUUUAUUAUACGCAAUGCACAAUGUGUAAUGUACAUUCAUCUAUAUUCGAAUGAUAAGUAUAUCUGUGUGAAUGGGCGGAAUGGAUACAUCGUGGACGAUUUUUACCGUGAGUUAUGCCUAUGUACGAAUUUACGUUUUAUAUAGUAAUCGCGUAUACAGUAUAUACCUAUAAAUACGACACAGUAGAUUAGUCAUUGGGUGUUUUUACGACAGAGAAAUGCAUGAGUGCUAUUUAAUUAUUAGACAAAAAUAAAAAGAAAUGGAAUUGCGUCCCGAAAAUACGAAAAAUGAAAAGAAAAUUAUAAAUAUACCUAUAGGUAUAUUAUACUGUGGUGAUAAAACUACAUGAAAAUUAUUUAUUUAUACAUGAAUGAUAAAUUAUUAUGAAAUAAUAAUAAUAUGUGUCGAAAGAGAACUUUAGUUUAUAUAUCGAUGUAUUGUUCUACAAAUAAAAAACUGUUUUCAGUGUAUACACGAAAUUAGUC